AUGGAAUCCCCUGCGAAGUCAUCAAAGGCUCACAAGCGAAAGCGAGGCCUCGAGACCUCCACUGCCAAUACCUCUACCCCACUCACGAAAUCCAAGAAGCGCGACAGUCUAUCCUCUGCGGUAUCGCCCACUGAUGGAAGCACAACUAAGCGCAGACGCUUGAAGAAUGCACUGGAGGGGAGCGACGUGGAAACUAUGGCUCAGAAGUCCAAUCGCUCUCCCAAGGAACGCAAGAAGGACCGCGCCACAAAGUCAGAGAAAGAUGGCUCGAAAGCCAAGUCCAGUAAGGUUGUGAAAGCGGACAAUUCCUCGUCCGAGUCCUCCGAAGACGAGGGACGUCGUCGCAAGUCCUCGAAGGAAAAACACGCUAGCAUUUUGUCCAAGUUCGAGCGGACAAAGCAAGCUGCUAGCGCAAAGCAAAAGAAGGUUGAAGACAAGACAGAGGCGCCAGCCGAAUUAACCGCAGAGCCUGUCAUCGCAAAAGGCCUCGAGCCGCUACCACAGCCAGAAAAUCCACCUGAGAUUUACGAGGCGCCCACAUAUUCCUCCCUGCCGCCGUGGCUCGCGAAUCCCUUGCAAACACCUGCCAGCGAACGAGCCGCUUUCUCCGAGCUUGGUAUUAAACCGGAAUUGCUGCGGAUUCUCCAGCAACACGGUUACAAAGACGCAUUUGCUGUGCAGAAGGCUGUCAUCCCCCUCCUACUGAAAGGCAAGAAUCAUCAUCCUGGUGAUCUUUGCGUGAGUGCUGCCACUGGAUCCGGAAAAACUUUGUCAUAUGUUCUUCCUAUGGUCACGUCCCUCACCCCUCGGCCUUCUUCGCGACUACGGGGUCUGAUCGUCGUUCCAACGAGAGAACUUGUUAAGCAAGCUCGUGACGCAUGUGAACUAUGCGCUUCGGGGUCUCGCCUCCACAUUGGAAGUGCAGUGGGCAAUGUGGCGAUCAAGGAGGAGCAGAAGAUCCUUAUGCGUGUUGACCAGGUUUACAACCCGGCCACUGUCGAACAACGACAGAAAUCCGGAUUGCAAGGCAAUGACUGGAUGGACUUUAACUUGGAGGACUGCGUGAACGAAGCUUUGGAUACAGAUGGCUUUUUGCCCGGUUAUGUUCAGCGAGCUGAGCCAAACGUCGACAUUCUUAUUUGCACACCCGGCCGUCUGGUCGAUCAUAUCCGAUACACGAAAGGCUUCACCUUGAAGCACUUGGAGUGGCUUGUUAUUGAUGAAGCUGAUCGGUUGCUCAACGAGAGUUUCCAAGAAUGGGUUGAUGUGAUUAUGGGAUCACUCAACUCACGUCAAGCACCCGACACUUUUGGGCCUGGCGGUCAACUUCUCCAUGACCUUAGGCUAUCUAUUGAUACUCACCCCCCUCGAAAGGUGAUCCUGAGUGCCACAAUGACUCGCGAUAUUACCAAGUUGAAUUCCCUUCGUCUUGAUAACCCGAAGAUGGUCAUAAUUGGCGCCGAGAAAAACACCGGAGCAGAGGAGGCCUCUGCAUCUCACGCCGAUGCCGAUUUCACCCUGCCGUCCACCUUGCAUGAGCACGUCAUUCCUGUUGAUGAUGCGUCUCAGAAACCGCUGUAUCUUUUGCAAUUACUUCUGGAGCACAUCAAGAUUGACACGAAUAAAGUCAAAUCGAUCGUUCCCAGGGCCAAAACUUCGCCUUCCGACUCCGAAAGCACUAGCUCGGACGACACUAGCUCGGACGAUUCGAGCUCUGAUGACUCUAGCUCCGAUGAGUCUUCUGAUGAUGAUACAUCCUCGUCUGGAUCCUCUUCCGAUUCUUCUUCCUCCUCUGAUUCGUCUUCCGACUCUGACUCUUCAUCCGAUUCCGAGACCGACCUGUCAGAUGCUUCCGAUGAAUUAUCUUCAGACAAGAAACCUGCAACAAGACGAGUCAAGGCUCUCCCGAAGACUGCCAGUUCCCUGAAAACUGUUCUUAUCUUUGCCAAAUCGUCCGAGGCUGCCUCGCGACUGUCUCGCUUGAUGUCGCUCCUGCACCCCCCUCUUGCCAAUUGCAUGGGGACUAUCAUCAAGUCAAACAAGUCUUCUGCCUCUCGCAAGACGCUUGCUGCGUACCGCGGGGGUCGCAUCUCCGUCAUCGUCGCUACCGAUCGCGCCUCUCGAGGUCUAGAUCUUCCAUCAUUGACGCAUGUCAUCAACUAUGAUGUUCCGCCUAGCGUGACAACUUACGUGCACCGCGUGGGACGUACAGCCCGUGCCGGUCGUGAGGGCUCUGCGUGGUCUCUGGUCGCACAUCGCGAAGGUCGAUGGUUCGCCAACGAGAUCGUCGCCAGCGUCGACGGCCGCAUCACACGUGCUGCCUUGGUUGAUCGUGUUCGGGUGAAGAUUGAUUCCAUCAAAUCACUUCAAUCAACCUACGCGGCCGCCUUGAAUGAGCUCGAAAAAGAAGUGAAAGAGGGCAGGGCGCAUCCUUCCAAGCGUGUAUAG